AUGCAAUCACCCGAUGAAAACCAGCCAGCAAUAUUCCAUAAAAAUCUGAUUACUGUGGAUCGACCGGAUUCAUCACAGUUUGUUGACCUUCAUGUUUAUAUAAUACCAAAAAAAGUCUGGAAAGGACGUCAAAAUCUAGCCGAAAAUGAAGUAAUCACACAAGCUGUAUCAGCAGGUUUUGUUCACGUUCCUGAGAACUCAACAAUUGAUGAACUUCGUCAAUAUAUUACUCAUGUUUGUGGUGAAGAUGCUAGUUUCCCAAAAGACUUCAUGUAUCUUCGAAGUGUUGGACGCUGUUUAACUAAGGUUAAACAUAAUCAAGAAAACGAACUACAAGUGAAACAUUAUCGACCACCAAUGAUUUAUAUAAUUGGAGUGCAUCAUAAUGAUGAUUCAUCCAGAGUAGAAUAUGAACCAAAUCCUUCAUCGAUGAGUGAACAAUUUACUAAUUCCCAAUUUUGGACAAAUUCGUUGAAUGAACUGCCAACACCUUAUCCAUUGUUAAAUCAUAAUCAUCAUAAACAAGAAAGUCCAACAAUAAAUUUUACAUUUUCAAAAAAUCUAACAAAGCUACGUGAAGAACAAAAACGUCUUUAUUUACAACAGCAAGCGUUAGCUCGAAAACGUCAUGAAUUAGAAGACCGAGAUAGAAAAGAAAAAGCAGCUGCUAGGAUUCAAGCUGCAUAUCGAGCUUAUUGUAUGCAUCGACGUAAUAAUACAAAAAAACAAGAAGAAGUUAUACCAACUAUUGAAUAUGAACGUUUCGAACCAGAAGAACAAAAAAUAACUAUUGAAUAUGAAUGUUUCGAACCAGAAGAACCAAAACCACCUAUUGAAUACGAAUGUUUCGAACCAGAAGAACCAAAGCCAACUAUUGAAUAUGAACGUUUCGAACUAGAAGAACCAAAACCAACUAUUGAAUACGAAUGUUUCGAACCAGAAGAACAAAAAAGAACUAUUGAAUAUGAACGUUUCGAACCAGAAGAACGAAAACCAACUAUUGAAUAUGAACGUUUCGAACCAGAAGAACGAAAACCAACUAUUGAAUAUGAAUGUUUCGAACCAGAAAGGCCAAAACCAACCAAUGAAAUUUAUACAGAAGAAAAUAAAACACAUGAAGAUGUUCCGACUCGUUUGAAAGUAUUAAAAUCAAAACGUACUCAAUUAGAAAGUGAUCGUACAGUUCUUGUUCAUCGAUUACAACAAUUGAAUGCUGAAAUUUCUCGUCGACGACGUGAAGAAAAGGAUUUAUGGAAAAAGAAGUAUAUUAUUGAAAAAAAUACAAUAUUAUCUGUGACACACACAUCAGAUAUUCAACGUGAACGCGCGACAAUUCGCUUGAAUGAUGCUACUAAACUACGCCAACAGGCUGAAUAUGAAUCUCGUUUACUACGACAAGAAUUACAAAAAAUUAGUUCAAAUUUGAAUAAACUGGGAAGAUAUCGGCUACCAAAAGAACCAUUUGAAUCCGAAGAAACAGAGCCUAUUUCAUUGAGUAUCACAUGGCAUUUUUAA